UGUUUCGAGAAUUGUUUGUAUCUAUUGUUUUGUAUAUUUAAAAUUUUAACCAACAUUUUGUAAUCAUGUUGAAUUCAUUACCAUUUAAAAUCGAAUACUCAUAUGGCGAAAAAACGUGCAAAAAAUGUGAAAAAAAAAUUCGAUCCGGAUGCUUAAACAUAGCGAUCUUAAUGCAGUCCGAAGAUGAUGACUGUCAGUAUGCUGAUUGGUUUCAUCAAAAAUGUUUCUUCACAAUCCGCAUGCCAAAAUCUCCAAAAUUUUUCGAUGGUUUCGCAAAAAUUCGAUAUGCAGAUCAGAUCGCGAUUAAAAAACAAUUGGGAAAUGUCGAAAACGAAAAUAAUGAAAAUAAGAUACAAAAAAAGGUGGAGAAGGCCAAACUACCAGAUUUCCAUAUUGGAUACACAAGGUCAGACGGUGAUUCGUGUGCAAGUUGCAAACAAAGGAUUCAAGUUCCUGAUAUACGUAUCAUGCAUGUUGUUUACAACACCGAUCUAACUGUCGAAAAUGACGCGUUCACCGCCAAAGCAUGUUUUUAUCAUGUUGCGUGUUUUGUGCGUUUAAGGUAUGAGAUGAGCUGGUUGGAGUCAGCAUCUCUAUUACCAGGAUUUAAGCGAUUAUCAGAAAAAGACAAAGAACUGGUCAAUCAACAAAUUCCGAUUAUAAAGCGAAAGUUUCAUGUCACGACGAAUGAUGUUGAUCCAAACUUGGCCGAGCUGGAAAAACGUAUUGAAACCCAGAAUAGAGAAUAUUUUGAGUUAUACGACAAGCUGGCGAAAAUACCAAAAAAGGAACAAAUCGACAUUUUGAACUACAAUAAUGAAACCAUUCCGAAAACGAAAAAUGAGAUUCUACAUGCGCUAACUGAAAUCAUCUACUAUGGAAAAUUAUCCACUUGUGAAAAAUGUUAUGGUCGGUUGAUUUUCAAUAACACAACAUAUUCGUGUACUAAAAUACUAGAAUGGGGUAAAUGUAAAUGUAGCAAUAAUAUCAAUGAACCCAAAAGAUUCCAAGCUUAUGUUCGAUACGAAAUAUGUAGAAAGUAUCCAUUUUUGGACUCAUAUAUUGUGCUGUUUAUCGCUAAAAAUGUUCGCACCCGCGCUUUGCAUCCUUUUCGAUUUGAGAAUGAAAAUGAAAUUGAUCUGGUGAAUGAGUGUCAGAAAACUCCACCACUUUUGAAUAUGGAAUUUGCAAUAAUUGGUAAGUUAAAAUUGACGAAGCAAAGUAUCGAGUGUGCCAUUAGGCAAAUGGGUGGUCGUGUUGUUGAAAAAAUUCAUGACAAAUUGGCUGCUGUCAUUUCAAAUCAAGACGAAAUUGAGCGUAUGGGAUCUAAAAUGAUAAAAGCUAAAGAAUGUAAUAUUCAAAUCGUUUCUGAGGAGUUUUUGUCGAAGAUGGAGACGAUCGAUCCGUUUGUGUAUAUCAUCAAUAGAAGUUUGAGUGAAUGGGGAGGAAAUCCAUAUUCACGUAUUGAACAACCGACGAUUGUGAAGUCUAGAAGAGAAACAAUCUACUAUACAAAAUCAGUACCUGAAAAAAUCACAUAUAAAAUUAAUGACGGUGGUUCAAAUUUAGUUGACUAUGAUAGUGGUUUGCAACAAACGGCUCACAUUUUCUGUGAAGAAGUGAACGGAAAACAACUCAAGUAUAUAGUAAUUUGUGGUCUUGUUGACAUUGAACGCAAUAAGAACUCAUAUUUUCGAAUGCAACUGCUAGAAUCAAAUGAUGAACCUAAAACCUACUGGAUAUUCGAAACAUGGGGACGAAUUGCAACAGUAAUUGGAUCCAAACGGCUUACUCCUUAUGCAACGUCGAAAGAAGCUACCGAAAAAUUCCGAUCCAUUUAUUUGAACCGAACUGGCAACGAAUUUGGGAAAUAUUCAUUCACAACAAAGAUGCCAGGAAAAUUUUACCAUUUGGAUAUUGAUUUUGCAUUUGCCAAAACCAUACCGAAAACUUAUGUAGCAACGAAAUUGAAAGAACCCAUCCAUCAGCUAAUGAAAUUAAUUUUUGAUAUGAAGCAUAUGAAACAAAUGAUGAUUAGUUGCGAUGUUGAUUUAAAGCAAAUGCCAUUAGGAAAUGUGAGUUCAAACCAAAUUUAUUUGGCAAUGUCCGUUCUUAAAAAUAUUGCAAAACUAAUCGAAAAUGGAACGAUCGGACAACUUCGAGAUGCAUCUAACCAAUUUUAUACGAUGAUUCCACAUGGAAACAGUGUAAAACGUUUACCGAUCAUUGACUCAAUCGAUGUGGUUAAAUCCAAGAUUGAAAUGUUGGAGAGUCUACUACACAUGGGAACGAUUCAUGGUUUCUUGGAAGGUGAAAAUGGGGAGAAAAAGAAUCCAUUGGAUGCCUGCUAUGAGAAAAUGAAGACUGAAAUUGAGCCGCUCGAUAAGAAUGCGCUUCAAUUCAAACAAAUUUGUGAAAUUGUACAAAAUACUCAUGGAACAACACAUGAUCAAUAUAGACUUGAGGUCCUCGAUGUAUUUAAGUUAAGGCGAAAACGAGAAGACGUUCGGUCGCGUGCAUACAAAAAAAUUGAACAUCAACUUCUCUGGCAUGGUUCACGGCUUACAAAUUUUGUAAGCAUUCUCUCAAAAGGACUGCGAAUUGCCCCGAAAGAAGCACCGGCCACCGGAUAUAUGUUUGGGAAAGGGAUAUAUUUUGCUGAUAUGAUAUCAAAAUCAGCCAAUUACUGUCAUCCAAGCCGUGAAAAUAACAUAGGGAUAGCGUUGCUGUGCGAUGUGGCGAUUGGUACGACACAUAAUCCACGUUAUGCAGGCAACGUGGAGAAGUUACCGAAUGAAUGUGAACAAUCAGUUAAAGGAUGUGGCGAAAUAUAUCCCAGCGAAUUUGGAACGAUUGAUGGUAUUAAAGUUGCAACGGGCGGCUUGCGAAAGGCAGAAUUUCAAACAUCUCUUAAAUACAAUGAAUAUGUUGUUUACGAUAUUGCACAAGCCAAAAUGAAGUAUUUGGUAAAGUUAAAGUACCAUUUCAAAUAGAUUAUGUAAAAUUAAAGAUGAUUGUAAUAUCAAAAACGUAUUUUGUAAUCAUUCCUUCCAUAAUGCUAUUAUAUUGUUUAUACCAUCUUUCAUAACAACAUUGAUUUAGUUUAAGAUUUUGUCAACAUAUUAUAAAUUUAUUAAAAAUUAUUCAACAAAUCGAGAUGCAAAAUAAAGGACAACGGCAACGAUCAAAUAA